AUGGAUGAUUAUGAUGAUUGCGAUCGUGGUGAUCGAUCACGUGAUCGAUCUUCACGAAACCGCCGCCGUAGUCGUGACGAUGACGAAGAUAGUUCUCAUCGAUCAGCUGGCAGAGGGCACGAAAAAUCAAGCUCAAGCGAUCGAUUAUUUAUCGGAAAGAAAGCAGCGGAAAAGAGUGGUGGGCUCUUUUCACCAGAAGAUUGGCAAUGUAAAAGCUGUGGAAAUGUCAACUGGGCACGUCGUUCGACUUGUAAUAUGUGUAGUAUGCCAAAAUUUCAAAAGACCGAAGCACGAACUGGUGCUGGCGGAGGAUACAACGAACGUGAUGAUGUGGAAUACAACGAAAAUCGACAAGAAUCCGAUGGCGAAUACGAUGAAUUUGGACGAAGGAAAAAGAAAUUCUCGAUCGAUGGGAGAGGUAAUAUUUGUACAGAUAACAAUGACGAUGAAGAUGAUGAUGACGAUGACGAUUUUGAUGCUAAAAAGUAUGCCUUAGACAGCGACGAUAACGAAGAUGGUGAUAAUAAAAAUCGUCAUCAGGCGAGUUCAUCUAAUGGUGACAAAAAAUCAUCGAGCAAUCGCCGCAGAGAAUCAUCACGUUCAAGAUCUUCAUCAUCGGGUAGCCGACGCUCAAAUGAAAAGGAUCCUCGACAUGAUAGAGCAUCCUCAUCAAACAAUCGUAAACGUUCGAACUCACCACGCAGUUCCAAACGUUCGGAUGAUUAUCACGAACGACGACGAUCAAGAUCUCGUUCACCUGUUAGUUCAUCUACUCGACCAAAAAGUCAUCGUCAUUAG